AUGACUUGUAUGGGGGGUAUCGAUCUGAUAGCGGGAGGUAAGAGCAAGAAGACCAAAAGGACUGCUCCAAAGUCCGAUGAUGUCUACCUCAAGCUUCUUGUCAAGCUAUACAGGUUUUUGGUAAGGAGAACCGGGAGCAAGUUCGAUGCUGUGAUCCUUAAGAGGCUUUUCAUGAGCAAAGUCAACAAAGCUCCUCUUUCACUCUCCAGGCUCGUCGAGUUUAUGAAUGGCAAGGAUGGUAAGAUUGCUGUGUUGGUUGGGACAAUAACUGACGAUUUGAGAGUGCAUGAGAUUCCUGCCAUGAAGGUCACUGCCUUGAGGUUUACAGAGAGGGCUAGGGCUAGGAUUGAGAAAGCGGGUGGAGAGUGCUUAACUUUUGAUCAGCUUGCUCUCAUUGCUCCCUUGGGACAGAACACUGUGAGUCAUAAUUUCCAAAAUGAACACCUUUAUGUUAGUUUAUAUGAAGUUGAGCUUAUGUUGAUGUGUUGUGGACAGGUUCUCCUUAGAGGACCAAAGAACUCUCGUGAAGCAGUGAAGCACUUUGGUCCUGCUCCUGGUGUGCCACACAGCCACUCCAAGCCCUAUGUUAGGUCUAAGGGAAGGAAGUUCGAGAAAGCUAGAGGAAAGCGAAAGAGUCGUGGAUUCAAGGUCUAAGAAUAUCUCUCCGCUGUUUCAUUAUGGUUGCUUUCAUAAUGAAAGUUUUGGUAGAGAACUCUCGUUCGUCUUUUCCUGUUGCAGACAUUGUUUUAAGUUUUCUGUGUUACUAUUCUGAACGACAGUUAAAUGUUUUGCCUAAUACCUUUUUGAGUGUUUUUAUGCUACCAAGCCUCGUUCGAAAUUUUUCUAGUGACCACAGGAUUUCCAUAUUAU